GCUUUUUUCUCUGCGUCUUUUUCAUUUUGCUCUUGGGGUGUCGUUAUGGCUUCCAAGUUUGGGAUGUUGAAGAUGGUGAUAAUGUGUGCAACUUAGUUUCCAGGCAUGAUGGUCCUGUUUCUUUUGUGCAAGUGUUACCGAAACUAAUAGCAUCUAAGAUUCCUGACGACAAAUUUUCUGUUAGUCGCCCAAUGUUGAUACUUUGUGCGGAUGGAUCUUUUUCUGGUGGUAGUAACAGUGGGGAGGGCAUAGGAACUCCUCAUAAUGGAACCUUCCAACAUUAUCAUAACCAAGCAAGUGCCACUUUUCUGCCUACUGUUGUUUGGUUUUAUUCCUUGAGAUCUCACUCUUACGUGCAUCAGUUGAAGUUCAGAUCAGUUGUUCACUUGGUAAGGUGCAGCUCCCGAGUGAUUGCAAUCUUACAAGCAGCUCAGAUACACUGUUUUGAUGCNGGAGCUGCUAAUGGUCAUUUUCCAGAUGCGGACAGUGUUGGAAUGGUCAUAGUCAGGGACAUCGUCAGCAAAGCUCUUGUUGCACAGUUUAGGGCACAUAAGAGUCCCAUUUCAGCUUUGUGCUUUGAUCCUAGCACUACUCUUCUGGUGACAGCUUCAGUUCAAGGUCAUAAUAUCAAUGUAUUUCGUAUAGUGCCUGGACUAUCUGGGUCUUCUUAUGUCCAUCUUUAUACGCUGCAGCGUGGACUGACUAACGCGGUCAUACAAGACAUAAGUUUUAGUAGUGAUAGCCGGUGGAUUAUGAUAAGCUCUUCUAGAGGAACUAGCCAUCUUUUUGCGAUAUCUCCUUCAGGGGGAUCAGUUGAUUUUCAUACUGCUGAUGCAUGUUUUAGUGCUUGCACUAAUGGCUCUGGGGUGAUGACAAAACCUUCAGCUCCCAGGAGCAUGAAUUCUCAAGUGCUUAAUCAACAAAGCAUUUGUGGAUCUGGCCCACCCGUGGCACUUUCUACUGUUGGCCGAAUAAGGAGUGGAGCUAAUGGUUGGAAAAAUACUCUAAGUGGUGCUGCCGCUGCUGCAACUGGAAACUUUAGCUCUCUAUCUGGGUCCAUUGCUUCAGCGUUUCAGUACUACAAAAACUAUAACCAAUAUACAGAUGCAGCCUUUCUAAAAUCAAAUUAUCACUUGCUGGUUUUUUCUUCUCCUGGCUGUGUGAUACAAUAUGCUUUACGUAUGUGUUCUGGCCUAGAUUCUGUUAUGACCAUUCCUGCAGUGGCUACAACAUUUGAGUCAGGCAUUGAAGUUGAUACAAGAUUAGUCAUAGAUGCAAUCCAGAAGUGGAAUAUUUUCCAGAAACAAAAUCGCAAAGAGCGAGGUGGUAAUAUUGAUAUAUAUGGUGAAGUUGGAGAUUCUGAUAGCAGUAAAGUAUUUCCUGAAAGCAUAAAGGUGGAAAAUGGUCUCUAUUCCAAGACUAGGAACACAAUCACAGAAGAAAAGAGAAGUUCUGAUGAAAGACAUCAUAUGUAUAUAUCUGAAGUGGAGCUUGAAAUGCAUAAACCCCAGAUUCCAUUAUGGGCAAAACCGGAGAUCUAUUUUCAAUCAUUUGUUACAGAUGGGAUUAACGUAGGCGAUGUCUGUGCUUUUGGAGGAGAGUCUGAGAUAGAAGCAAUUCCAACUCACUUAGUUGAGGCGAGAUCAAAAGAUCUAAUUCCAGUUUUUGAUUAUAUUCAAGCUUCCAAGACCCAGCAAGGGAGGGCAUGUGUUAACGGUGACCAUAGCCAGCAGUCACUUCCUAGGCUGGAGGUCUCUGGAAACUGCAAUCUUAUGGCUAAUGGUGGCUAUGGAUCGCGUCAUUCUAUGAAUGGUCCCAGGAGCGAAGUUCACUGUGGCCAAGAAGUAACUGGUUUGGAUGGUAUCCCAAUGACAGGUCAAACAGCUAAUGGCUUUGUAAAUAGUAGUGAGAGCCCUAAAGCGGACAGCCGGCUUGCUUUUGUAAAUAGUAUGGAGAGCUCUGUGAAGGAGACACAGUCUAAGUUUGUAAAUAAUAACCUAAAUGGCACAGAAAUGGAGAAUCAUUUCGAAGAUGAAGUUGACGACGUUGAUUGAAGGUUUUCGUUAUUCGUUGAUUAAGUGGGAGGUCUCUGUAAGUGUUAAUAUUGGUGGGGGAAAAUGUAGAGAAGGAAAAGGUAUAGGUUCCUUGACCCAACGAGCAAAGUCAUGUGGAUGGAUGCUUUGACUUUGUAAAUGUUAGACUCUGAAACUUGUCCAAUAAGUAGUUGUAAUAUGUAAAAAUAAUAGCUCGGAUCUUAUAACUUGUUGCUUUAUUUGAUUAUUUUCGUUAAUUUAUAUCUUUAGUUAUUUGGA